UAACCUUAUAAAUGUUCACUUUGCAAGCAGAGAGGGCAAUUUUUGGGUCAUUUUUCAACCCAGAUUUGAUCGUAUCCCCAGGGAUGAAAAAGUUCUUCAUGGCGAAGAAUUCAGGAUCCCUACCAAAUCUGAAAGGGCUUUCUUUAAACUUGGGUUCAAUCAAGAAGAAGUUACCGUUUGAUCCCAAGAGAGAAUACGAUGCUGUAGUGAUUGGGGGAGGUACUGGAGGUCUCAGCUUUGUGCAGGAAGCAAGAGAACUAGGACUCUCUGUUGUCAUGUUCAACCAUGUAAAUCCUACCCCAAAGUUAGGAUAUAAAUGGGGCCUUGGAGGAACUUGUGUGAAUGUUGGUUGCGUACCUAAGAAAUUAUUCCACAAUGCUGGACUAAUUAAAGAAUCUAUACAUAUGGCUCACGAUUACGGAUGGGAUGUAGAACUCAAAGAUGAUAAGAUCAAGUGGGAAACUCUUAGAACAAAUGUUCAGAAUCACAUCAAGGGAAUCAAUUUCAGCUAUGUCUCCAAAAUGAAGGAAAUAGGUGUUGAUUACAUCGAAGCUAAAGCCUCUAUUAACGAAUCACAAAAUGUAGUGUUCGAUUUCGAUGACACUCAGUACGAAUUGAAGGCAAAGAAUAUCAUAAUUGCUACUGGAGGGAGACCAAGAUAUUUGCCCAAUAUUGAGGGAGCUGACUUUAAGUUCGAAGACGAAUGAAUUACGUCUGAUGAUUUAUUUGCACUUGAUAAGAGUCCUGGAAAAACCCUUGUCGUUGGAGGAGGAUAUAUUGCACUUGAAUGUGCAGGAUUCUUGAAAGAACUCGGAAAUGAUGUUAUAAUGAUCAAUAGAUCUUCAUUCUUAAGGGUCUUUGACCAAACUAUUGCUGGGAAGAUCUUGGAGAACAUGGUUGGAGGCAACCUUAAAGCUUUUGGAAAGACCACUAUCACUAAUAUUACUAAAGAGGAUGAAGACCAGUACCUUGUUGACCUUCUUAUUGAUGGAGAGCCUAAGAAAGCAAAAGUUAAUUCUAUUCUGUUGGCUAUUGGAAGAGACCCAAACACUCAUGUUGUUGAAAAUAGUGGAGUGAAGAUUAAUCCAAGAAGCUUUAAAGUUGAGGGGAGAGUCGAAGAGCCAGAGAGAACUUGUGUUGAUCAAAUCUACGCUCUUGGUGAUAUCUUAGAAGGAGUUCCAGAAUUAAUGCCAGUAGCUCAAAAGAGUGGAACAUUACUGGCUCAUAGAAUCUAUCAUAGAAAUAAAGGAGAGCUCACUGAAAAAGAGAUUCUUAAAAAGUAUUCAAUGGAUUAUAGCAAUAUUGCAACAACAGUCUUCUCUAAUGUUGAAUAUUCUUAUGUUGGUCUAAACGAAGAAGAAGCCAUUGAAAAAUAUGGAGAAGAUAACAUUGAAAUAUACCAUAGAGAAGUGACUCCAUUAGAAGCAUCUAUCUAUUCAGAAAACUCUAGAACAGCUUAUAUGAAAUUGAUAGUUGAAAGAAAUGAAACCGAAAAGGUUAUCGGAAUUCACUACCUUGGCCCUAGCGCUGGAGAAGUAAUCAACGGCUUUGGCCUUGCUAUGAAGUUAGGAAUCACAAAGAAAGAUAUUGAUAAUACAAUCGGCAUUCAUCCAACCGUUGGUGAGGACUUCUUUAACCUAACAGUGACUAAAAGGUCGGGUAAAGACUAUAUUAAGACAGAUUGUUGAUCUUAAUUGGCCUACAUUUCUAAAUAGUAGGAAAAUAUAGUUAUGAAAAUACCAUACGCCAGCCCCAUUGGGAAUAAUGAUAUCUGAUCCAAGUAAACUAGGAAUCUCUGAGGCUUCUACCUCAGUGUCUAAGCUUGUCAGAUUGAACAGUGUGAUAUUAGAUUAACUUCUUGAUAAUCAAUAAUAC